AUGGUAUGUCCCGGGUACGACGACAAGAAGCCGCUGACUUGGCUGGCUCCCAACAAAGUCAAGACGCGGACGUGGAACCGCAAAAGCGCGCUUCCCGAUAAAGAAUCCGCCGCCAAUGGACGCCCCCAGGAUGGUCAAGUCGAUGUCACAAAGCCCGCUAGUGGGAAAGAACUGGUCCAUAUCUUUCCCGGGUAUGAAUUUCGGACCGAGACCUGCGACAUUAUUGAGGCUACCUUGUACUGGAACGAACAAAUAUACCCGUACUUAUCCCUGAAUCAGUUGAGUCAAAGUCCAUGGGUUAUACCCGUAACGCACGUUCACUACAUGCAGCCCCCCAUACAACACGCCCUGGUUGCUAUGGCUAUCGAACAUCGCAUGUUACGGAUGAUAUCGAGGAAGCACGACCCCUUUGUGGCCGAAGUCAAACCCAGGGCUAUACAACAUCGCUCCACGGCAGUCCAAGCCCUGAACAAGGAAAUUGUGGAUGAACGCAGGCGAACCUCCGAUCUCACAAUGUCCGGCGUGGUCGUGUUUAUGUAUGGUGAUCUUAUGGGGUCUGCGACGGCAUCCAACUGGCGAUUUCACUUAAAUGGCUUUGCAGCCUUGGUUGCUUUGCGUGGCGGCUGGGAAGACCUGUGCCGCAAAGUACCCCAUAUGAAGGCUGUGGUCCUCUUCUGCAAGAUCAUCGAAAAUUUCGCCAACACGACUAGCCCAGCAGAUGAUCAGAUGUCUCCCGUCUUGAAUUCCGAGAUGAAGGUUCUUAUUCGCGACACAUUUGAAAUAGGCUACUACCCAUAUCUGCCAUGUCCUGUAGAGUUGUUCAUCGACAUCAUCGACAUCAAUCGCCUCCGCUUCCUUGCCUCGCGUCAAGGUGCCAAGGGGACAACUCAGCCAGAAGCGGAAGAUCUCCUGACGAAGAUCACAGACUUCUCCCCAGAAUCCUGGUCGGAGAGUAAGGAGAAACUACGGGAGGAGCAUUUGAUGAUGGCUCAGAUCUAUCAGUCCGCAGUGGUGCUGUUUGGUAUUUCGUCUCUGCAGAGUGCUGGCGCGUUCUCGUCGUCGGCGGGUUGGGCAGCCGUCAAAAAAAUACACCCCGGCAGGCUAUUCUCCCUCCUCAAAACGUCGGCUACCUCGGACAUUCUGAAGCACUGCGCAACUUGGCCAAUUAUCGUGGCUGGUUUUGAAGCUAAGAGCCUCGGUUCCACGCUCCGGGCCUUCCUUUUCUGUCGGCUGGAAGAAGCGUCUCGGGACCUGGGUGUAUACUUGCCGUUGGCUGCGAAAGAAGUUCUUGAGAGGUUUUAUGCUUCCCCGGGUAAUCAGUGGGAUGACUGUUUCGAUAGCCCUCGUGCAUUAAUCACUUGA